GGUGUUCGGUGUCCAAAAUUCAAAAGUCGAGUCGAGUCGAUUCAAUUCGAAUCGACUCCAAAUUCUCAUUCACGCUGAAUCAAUCGAAUCGAAUUGAAUUGAAUCGAAUCGAAUGAUCCGACGAUCCAACCAAUCAAUCCGCCUUCGCGUGGGAGUGAGAAUGACAGUGCGAGUGACAAUUGUGGCAGUUUCGCGCACCUUUUUGUCUCUUGCCGUUGCAGUGCCACAAAUUGAGGUGCAGCACUGUUCAUCUUUGUUUUGCGUGGGCCGAAAAGAGGUUGAAACAUCCUUCCUGCAAGCAUGUCCAUGGAGCUCACGUCGUCUCAUCACGUCGAAGUCGAGAGAGCCCGAUUCUAUCGAAAUCUCAUGGAGCGAAGAAGACGUAUCGGUACCGGCAGUAUCGCUUCGGCCGCCAACAAAAGACAAAGAAGGAGACUGCCCACUGUGGCCUGGGGAGGUCUGCUGUUGAUAGCUUCUCUCUGUACGACCAUCCCCCUUAUUCACAGAGCGAAUCGAUCUUUGCACGUGGGAAAGAAUCCAUAUCAUGAAUCCACCGCGUCCGCAAAGUGGGCUUUCGGUGGGAACAUUGGGCCACGGAACGUUCCACAGGAGCUGGAAAUAGUCUCAACCAAGGUUCCACCAUCAACCGUGCCCUACGAUGACGACACAAUUCCCAAAGGCGUGCUCUCAAGCGAACAAGGCUAUUUCUUUCGCGCCAUCCAAAGAUCCAUAGAUCACUCUGAUCUGAGCGAACGAUGUCGACGGUAUGGCUUUUCCAUGAGCCAACCUGGAAGGCCGCAGUCAUCGGCGGACCCUGUCCCUGCGCAACGAAGAAUAUUUUUCGGUAGUCUGAUUGCAGAAGAACCGUGGGAACUGCUAGAAAUUGUUGCUGCCGAGACGUAUGGGAUAUUUGAAGCAAUGAUCUUUGUGGAAGGAAAUCGAACUCAAAGUGCAACACCGAGACCCUUCAAACGGACAGAGAAACACAUUCAAAAGUUUCAGAACUUGUUUGGUGUGCAAAACAUACAGAUACGACGAUACGUCAACGAAGAUAUUACGCUGGAGAAAAUGGCACGAGAACAUCGACAAAGACAAGAAAUUCUGAAGGGAUGGAGAGAUUUUGGCAUGGGUCCAGAGGACAUUGGGUACAUUGCCGACGCCGACGAGACGUUUACUCGUGACUUUCUGAGAGCGGUGCAAACUUGCCCCUAUGUGGAGGCUUUGGACUAUGGCACACAUCACUGCUUCAACCCCAAAGUCAAGAUUGCUGGCUACACGCGGAUGUUUGAGUCCUCACCGGAAUGUAUUGCCAAGCGAACAUGGUAUCACCCUGACAUGAUAAUGGGAGCUUGCGUCGAGUUGAUUGGCAAUGAAACCUUGAACCCGCCUGCACCUCGAGUCAAAGACUACUUGCGAGCUCCAGGAUACGCCCACAACUGUGAAACUCGAAAUGAUAGGAUGUACAAGAAUUCUUUUGGGAAGAUUGGUGGCAACCACUAUCCUCUGUGGAGUGCUGCUGACUUUAGACGACAGUGUGGAGGCCACAACUACGAGCUGAAUGCCACCAAUCACACCAAAUACACUGCGUAUCACUUUCAUAACUUCUUUCCUGAUCUCAAGGCCACUCGCCGAAAAUACAGUACGUAUGGGCACUCGGUUCAUGGUGCAGAGAGGAAGCGAUUGGAGAAUAUAGGGGACGAUUUGAAAAUGAUGGUACGGUGUGUGCAAAACUGGACGGAUGCCCCAACAUCUAAAGAAAACAAUUGGCAUGUUACUGAAACACAACAGUGGCAACGAGAAGUUGGUGGUCUAGAAGCAACAUUGAAACCCUGGCCAAUCUACUUUCUGGACGUGGACUAUCGCCGGCGGAAACACCAUUCUAUCCAAGAGUCUGUAAAAUGGGAUGAACGGCGACGACAAGCCGGAAUGAGAAUGAUGGCAUCGGAGCGAAAGAUGGAACGAGUCACAGAAGAAGCAAAAGAGUUGAAACGACAGGCGUGGGCGAAAGAGGCACAGGCAGAGGCACUCAAAGCAGAGAUUGUAGCUGCUGCUAUUGCUGCAAACAUGACCAAUCAAAACAUGUCUGCGCCGGUAGCUAUCUAGACAAUGGCAACCGAGAGCUACCGGUAGCUAGCUGGAGGUCUCCAAAUAGAUUUAAUCGUUAUCGUGCUCUGCUAUUAUGGUGACACCGGCAUCUAUAGCUACUUGUAUGGUACGGUUCUAGCUAGAGUAGCAAUCUGGAGGGC